AUGUCUAGCAGCGUGGCGGCAAACCCCGACCCCAGCGUCGUCCCCCAGGACCCUGUUGAAGUCAAGGGCGACGUUGAACCCAUCAAGCCUUCGCAACACCCAGCUUUGAACAAGGUGCCCAAAGAAGUCAAAACUACCAUCUCCAAGGCCGAUGAGAUCAUUCUGCGCAUCAGCAAGUUGAUCAAGACCACCGCAGGCCUCGGUGCCGCGCUCUCAACUCUCAAUUAUGCCAUAUAUCUGGCUGCAUACCUUCACUCAAAAGCUCCUACCCGCGCUGCUGUUAUUGCAUACAUCUCGCGCCUCAUUGGUCGCACACCUUCGAAACUGCCUGUCGGGGCUCUAGCUCCAUCCGCUCCUACCUCGUUCCUCACACCGUUGGGAGCUCUUGUGUCUGAUACGCGUACCUCGCUCCGCUUGACGGGACUGCUGCCCUUAUACAUCUGGAUGAAGACGCUCUUGUCCAAGAAGGCCUCGGCAGAUAUGGACCCAGCCCUCCACCGAGUUGCGCUACUGCAAUGCGCCGGCUAUAUCGGUUUCCAGGCGCUGGAAAACGUCUACCACUUGGCCGGCAAAGGCGUCGUACCUGUGUCAUUUAUCGAAAAGCGAGGAGGGGUGGCCAAGUGGGUUGCAUGGAGCUGUCGUGCGUGGUGCAUUGGAGUGGCCAGUGACUUCCUCCGCCUGUGGCGCGAGGCUGAGAUUGAAAAGGAAAAAAGGGGCAGCAAGUCGGCCAAGGAGAGGGAAGAUUAUGAUCGCAAGUGGUGGAAUGAGUUUAUGGUCGCGGCAUAUUGGAUGCCUGUCGCUGUUCACUACAGCCUGUACCCCGAGGGCAUUCCAGGCAUGAAUACUGGGUUGGUUGGCUUCUUUGGGCUGAUGGCUGGGCUCAACAACUUCAGGAACCAAUGGGCUGCCACAGCUUAA